GCAGCAGCGGCGGGCUUGGCGCCGACUCCGACGGGGGAGAAAUUUGAGCUUCGAAGCUUCCACCUCCCUUCGCUUUUGUACUCGCAGAAGCACGACACAGCCCUCGCAUUCGUCGCCAAUACCAUGCUCACCUCUCUGGGCCUGUCGUUUCGGGCAGGGUCCGCCUUUUCCAGCAAUGCUGGGUUGAUUGCGUCCUCGUGCUGUCGGUGGAAUUCGACAAGCACGGCAUUUCCCACCUCGCGGCAGUCGUGGACAUCGCCAAGCAAGGCGAAGGCCCUAAGUAGCCGUCAAAAAAUUAGCCACCGCACGAAGAUUCUGGAGGAUACAAAGAAGCAGGCAGAGGGCCGUAUUCUUGAGAAGUUCCAGUAUCGCGACUGGAGAGCCGGCGAUAUCUACUCUCCCCACGACUUGAGUCCGAAUGAGAUGAGGAAAUGGCAGAGACGCUGGAGUCCGAACACAGAUGCCUUUGAUGCUUUGAACAUCAAUCCCCUUGAUCAUUAUAAGAACUUCUCUCUGAUGUCCGAAUACGUUACCCCUAUGGGUCGCAUCAAGGCCCGACAACUCACUGGUCUGCGGCCGGUGAACCAGCGCAAAAUUGCCAAAGCAGUCCGUCGUUCCAUCGCACUUGGCCUUAUGCCCAGUGUGCACCGGCACCCGGAAAUUCUUGCCAUGGAGGCGAGAGCUAGAUUCGGCUCAUCAGGCGGAGGAUUUGACUUGGGCUGCGCGAAUGAUGUUGCCUGUGUUUACUUAAUGGCUGACGGAAUUGCCCCCACUUCUCCAAAACAACCUCCGCCAGUAUACAACUUGACCACAACUCUCACCCGUACCACACACACCAUUGACGGGCCAUUAGAAUUGGAGAUUCCUGUUGCCAUGUCUCUGACCAACGCUCACAUCUGGGCUGCCAGCCCCUCCACCACUCGUGGACAGCCCACCCAGCUCUCCUCUGACGCCAAAGGCGAGCGAUUAGCCUAUGCAUCAAACAAAUCUAUAUUCCUGCGCUCCCUCGAUGACCCCGCAGUUGCAAAACAAUACACGGAACACAAGGCACAAACCACCGUCGCUCGGUUCUCGCCCUCUGGCUUUUAUGUUGCCAGUGGAGAUGCGGCAGGCACUGUACGGGUGUGGGAUUGUGCUGGCGAGGGCCUCACCAAGGGCGAGUACCCAAUUGUCAAUGGGCGUAUCAAUGACAUCGCCUGGGACGGCGAUUCGCAGCGUAUCAUUGCCGUGGGCGAUGGGAAACAAAGAUACGGUCAUUGUUUUACCUGGGACUCUGGAAACAGCGUCGGCGAAAUCUACGGCCACACACAGGCUAUCAACUCAGUCUCGAUAAGGCAGCAGCGCCCUCUGCGGGCCGCUGCAGCUGGAGAUGACAAGAAUCUCGUCUUCUACCACGGAGCGCCGUUUAAGUUCAACACCGGAAUCCGCGACAAGCAUAUCAACUAUAUCUAUGGCGUGGCUUUUAGCCCCGAUGGCUCUCAUCUAGUCAGUGUCGGAGGGGACCGUCGUAUCUGGUUAUACGACGGCAAAACCGGUGAGGCCAAAGGACAGAUUGGAGAGGGAGAGCAUAAGGGCAGUAUUUUCGGAGUCUCCUGGUCUCGGGACUCUCGAAAAUUUGUCACCGCAGGGGCCGAUAAGACGGUCAAGAUAUGGGAUGUUGAGGCUGGCAAGGCCACUCAAACAUGGACCUUUGGAGAAGACAAAGUUGUCAGCCCGCUCGAUCAGCAAGUCGGCGUUGUUUGGCCACCCGCUCGAAGCGACGGCCUUCUUGUCAGUCUGUCGCUUAGUGGAGAUCUGAACUAUCUGGUAGAGGGCACUCCCCAGCCGAGACAAGUCGUGCAAGGCCAUCAAAAGAGCAUCACGGCCCUGACUCGAGCCAGAUCUGGUGACGGGGCUGAGACGCUCUGGACCGGCAGUUUUGAGGGGCGGGUAUGCAGUUGGGAUUUCGCGACUGGCACUGCCGAAACGAUCGACGGUGACCAACACACGGGCUACAUUUCCGGACUUGCGACUACCCAGGAAGGGAAGGGCAGGAUAUACAGUGUUGGUUGGGAUGAUGCUCUCCGCGUUGCAGAUGCUGGGGCCAAAACAUACACUGGAAGCACGGCCAAGUUGUCAGCACAGCCAAAGGGCGUUGCUGCAAGCUCGGCCACUAUCCUCGUUGCACACUCGGAGGGUAUUGACAUUUACCAGGACGGUCAAAAGUCGGGCAGCGCCAAGUUGCCCGCCGAUAUCACUACAGUUGCUGCUCAAGGAGCCACUGCAGCAGUCGGAUCUGAGGACUCGACUGUCCGGAUUGGAACAGUCACGAGCUCGACCUUCACACCCAGUAUUGAGUUUAAAGCAUCGCGCAACCCAAUCUCUACCCUGGCCUUCUCUCCCGAUGGCUCUCUGCUCGCUGUCGGAGAUUCGCGCGGCAAAAUCCUUGUGUUCAACUCGAAGGAUGGUAAGCUAGUUACUGAUCGUUGGUCUUCUCAUACCGCGCGAGUCACAUCGAUAGCCUGGAACUCGAAGGGCACCCAUGCUGUCAGCGGAGCUUUGGACACCAGCAUCUUUGUUUGGAGCUUAGCCAAGCCAGGCGACUGGAUCCAGGCUGCUAAUGCGCACAAGGAAGGCGUCCAUGGUGUAUCAUGGAUCGAGGAUGAGAGCAAGAUUGCUUCGGCGGGGGCUGAUGCUGCGGUGAAAAUCUGGAGAGUCGAGGGCUUGGUAUGA